UCUGAGCUGUUGGAGCACAGCUGAGAAUGAGUCAACUAGCGGUAUGCCCCCACGAUAAGCAGCCAGCCGGCUCAAACAAUACUGCAGCCAUUCUGCCAGCAUGGCCCGCAUCUCCUUACUCAAGCAGUCAGCCCCCAGCUCCCUCAUCAUGUGCACCUGUAGCAACAGAGGUACACGUGACACUCGGGGAAACAGUCACGUCGUCACCUGGUGGUCUCUGAGGCUGCUGGGCUGGUGCUGGGUCUCCAGCCACUGCAGCAGUAAAGGCAAGAAAAUAUCCUCCUCUAACUUGGCUCGUACCAUGUGUUCCUCAAAACUGCUCAGUACCGUAUUCCAGUGUCCACACAAUACACACUGUGCAAACUGCUGCCGUCCGCUGAUACAUCUGGCAAGCAAAGUCACCAGGUCUCGCUGAUCACGUAGAGCUUGCGUGAAAACAGCUUUCUUCCAAGAGGUAUACCCACAACCCUUUACCCUCAUUCUUUCCUUCUCUUUCUUAUCAACAAGUUGGUGUAUGUCAUUGUCACUAGCUCCAAGAACAGUCAAAUUGUUAGAGUCCCAGUAGAGCAUGGCAAGCCGGGCUCCCCUGCACCAUGACUGUGUUCUGUGGUAGGUGUAGAGAGUGACCCAGUGAUUCGUGACUCCCAGAAUAAACACAUGGUGCCCACGAGUUUUUCGUAGCUCCUCUAUUGUCUCCUGCAGUUUCAGAAUCUCUUCUGUAGAGUUCAGGACACAGCCAUAAGCAAACUGUGAGGAGAUAAUGUCAUAAAUGGAUUGGGACAACCACUCCAACCAACAUGAACUACAGAUAUCUUCUGUCGUCCACCCAAUGCCGUCAGUGAAGGAUCAAAGGUGAGGAGAUAAGCUAGAUAGGACCUCUCCAUCUCGCCAAGCAUCACGUGAUGCUGUGUCCAAGGCCACCAAAGGACCUCUGGAUGGGCCCGUACGUGAGCCAGCAGUAUACCAAUAGACACCCAGUACCUACAAAAUGGAAUACCGUAUGUUAGUAAAAGGAAGGUCAGUUGAGCUCACCUCCUCCAGAACUGAACGGUUGAGCGCGUCUUUUGCAGCAGAACAAGGGCCUCAUCAUGACUAACACAGUGGUAGAGCUGCAGGCACAAAAUGGCGAGGUAGAGGCAGUAAUGUCCACAGUACCCUGUGGGACCAAAGCAGCUCCAAGCCUCCAUCUCGCUCGCAGUAGCCACCCAGCACGUGCUGAGGUGAGUGAAGCCUCACUGUCUCACACACGUCAACGUGCUGGGAGCGGGGAAGAGGCAGAAAUUCAACUUCUUUCUCGCAUACUUCACCAAGCAAUGUACUUAGCAGUUCAUCCACCAUUUCUUCCGACGACACAUUACUAGUCAACUGAUUAGCAGAGGUAAUUGCGUCCAUACUACGCAUUAGACGACACCGUCCUGUCCCCCGAGCUGUCGCGCCACAAGGCGCACCUAAACCAACCAGGACCAGAUGCGUCGGGUGUGUUCUAAAUAGAGUUUUGAUGGUGUGCUCUAAAUAGAGUUUUAUGUGUACACAUCGAAGAUGGCAGGAGGCGAGGAUCAAGUGGUGAUAGAUUUCUCGACACUGCAGAGCCAGCAAACAGGGUACGAGUUCAAAGAUUUCCACCUGUCGGACCCUGGGACGGCUUCUCUGGGGGACAUGGAGGGAGGGGAGAUAAGUAGUGAGCCCCAGGACUCUGACAAGUUGCUGGAGGAAAAGAGUGGAUCCACAUCAUCUGAGCCGAGCUUUCUGUCCUUCCAGUACUACCAGAGCUUCUUUGAUGUCACCACAUCUCAGGUUCUCUACCGAGUGUUUGCAGGAAUGACUCCAGUCAGAGUUAGUCUGACAGAUGCCCUCCACCCAAAUCCUGACCUCUAUGGUCCUUUCUGGCUCUGCGCCACUCUCAUCUUCUCCAUAGCUGUGUCAGGGAACAUUGCCAGAGUCUUCAGUGAACAGAGUGACUGGGAGUUUCAUUUCCAUGAUGUCACUGUCUUGGGCACAGUCCUCUACAGCUACACCUGGCUGGUACCACUCACCCUUUGGGCGGGGCUGUGGUGGAGAAACCGUGGCGACCAGUACACACUGACCCAACUCCUUGCCAUCUACGGCUACUCCAUUGCUGUCUUCAUUCCUGUUGUAGUGAUCUGGGUGUUGGAUAGUGUCAUUGUCCGCUGGCUGGCUCUGGCUGUGGGGCUCUCUCUCUCUGUGUCAGUCUUGGUCAGAGCUCUGUGGAAACCACUGCAGAGUGAACGUGUCCAGGUUGCUGUCGUGAUCCUAGUUAUGCUGGGUCUGGUUCAUGCAGGACUUGGUGUGGGAUUCAAGUAUUACUAUUUUAGCUCCGGAUUUGUUCCCUCUUCAACGACUGCUUCUUCAUCGACUAGAUGAAUUUUUACACUCUUGUUUGUACGCAUGCGCAUAUUAUGACGUAAUCCUAUCCGUUGUUUUGCUCUUCGCAAAGAUCCGCUUGUCUUGCCGACCCAAAAUGUCGUGGCGUAUGGAGCCGGGCGGUGUUAUGUGCUUCUCGCCUACCAUGGAGCAGUUCAGAGACUUCUCUGCAUUCGUGGCUUACAUGGAGGACCAGGGCGCGCACAAGUUCGGCAUUGCUAAGGUUAUUCCACCGAAGGAAUGGUGUCCGCGGAGAAGCUAUGCGGACAUUGGCUCUGUGGUUAUCAGUACUCCAGUCAGCCAGUUCGUGUCCGGUCAGCAGGGGAUCUACCAACUUUAUAACAUCCAAAAGAAGGCGCUAACGUACAACGAGUUUGCUGCCAAGGCCAACAGCGACCAGUACAAACCUCCGAAGUACAGCAAUUUGGAGGAGCUGGAGAGAAAGUACUGGAAGAAUGUGACCUUCAACCAGCCUCUGUAUGGAGCAGACAUACAGGGGACUCUGACUGAGCCCAGUGUGAAAGAGUGGAACAUCAAUAGACUAGCCACCAUUCUUGACGGAAUGGUGGACGAGUACGGAGUGGCUAUUCCUGGAGUCAACACCGCCUACCUCUACUUCGGGAUGUGGAAGACCUCCUUUGCCUGGCACACUGAGGACAUGGACCUCUACUCCAUCAACUACCUCCACUUCGGAGCCCCCAAACUCUGGUACUCUCUCUCUCCUGAACAUGGACCAAAGCUAGAGAGACUUGCCAAAGGUCUUUUCCCAGAGUGUGCAGACGAGUGCGCCAGUUUCCUGAGGCAUAAGAUGUCCAUCCUCUCUCCCUCGGUUCUCAGACAGAACUCAAUCCAAGUCAACAAGGUGACCCAGGAAGAAGGACAGUUUAUCAUCACCUUUCCCUACGGCUACCACUCUGGAUUCAAUGCAGGCCUCAACUGUGCAGAAUCAACCAACUUUGCCUCUGUCAGGUGGAUUGACUUUGGCAAGAGAGCAACGCAGUGCAAGUGCCAGCCCGACAAUGUCAGAAUCAAUAUGGACUACUUCGUAGAGAAAUACCAACCUGAGCAGUGGAGGGCGUACUACAGACAGAAGUAUUCCGAGUCCCCAGCUCUACAGACCGAAGAUAGUUUGUUGGGCCGGAAGAGAGCCAGUCAAGGACCCGUUCUCUCAUUCUCUACUUCCGUCAAGAGACAGAGGAUCGCUGACCCAGUAAAGAAUGACUGGACUGAGAGGUUCAGUGGACUGUGGCAUAGCCAGCCACGAAACUUUGCUCUGGAGAGGGCCUUCAACCAGCUGGCCUCUCGUGGCACGACUCGCUGCUGUAUCUGCUCCAUCUUUGAUGUCCACAGUCCAUACCGUGGAAUGGACUCCGCCCAGAUCAGAACUGCCUCUCAGGGACUCCAGAUCAGUGAGCACUCAGAGAGGAGUCGAGGGGUUCGGUCACUGAAGGUGGUGGUACAGAGAGCACUCAUCGAGCUGCCCAGCAGUCUGCGCCGCAGGUGCAGUGUGGAGGGAGGAGAGGGAGAGACUCGCGGCAGACGAAGGUCUCGCAGAGCUAUGAAGAGGGAGCCCAGCCUUGAACAGGACGAUGCCGACUCACAACUGAUCACAUGCCAGUCAUGUGACAUCACAGUCCACAGAGGUUGUUAUGGAGUGACGGGUGAUGCUCCACUACCUACCCAGGACUGGCAGUGCACACGUUGCAGUGAGAAGGCUGUUAAUGCCGAGUGCUGUCUGUGUGUGUUGAGGGGAGGAGCUCUGAAGCCAACCACUACUGGUCGCUGGGCCCACCUGGUGUGUGCUGUCUCCAUUCCCGAGGUUUUCCUUGAGGACUCCUCUCGCAAGGAGCCAGUCCUGGCCUCCGACAUCCCUCGAUCCAGGAAGAAGCUGGUCAGACAGUCUUCUCUGGUGUCUACGUGUGUACUCAGCAGGAAUGACUGUGUGCAGAGGUGCUGCAUGUGUCUGCCAGUGCAAGCAACCAUGACCCGUGGCCUGGGGGUGUGCGUGCAGUGUGUGAGGGACCGCUGCUACUCGGCGUUCCACGUGACCUGCGCCCAGUACAGAGGUCUCCUGACUGAGGAAUGUGGGGAGAGAAGUGGACUGGUGUGCCACAAGCACUACAUGGUCCAGGAGGAGCAGGCUGGGCUGGAAAUAGGACCUGGAGAUGAAGUGUAUGUGGAGCAGGGUGGCAAGAUGGUGUCUGGUAAGGUGGUGGAGGUCAGCUCACAGACACAGUACGAGGUUUCAUUUGAGGACGGCUCAGUCUGCAGCAACCUUGGUCCAGGAGACAUUGUGGAUUCUCCCAGCAGUCCUCCACAGCAGGGCUCCAAGCUGAGAGUAAGAUGGAGUGAUGGUCAGAUCUACCCCACCACGGUCCUGGGCCAGCACUCUGCCCCUCUCUACACGGUGCUGUGCAGCACCGGCAGAAAGCUCCAACUGACAGAUGAAUACGUGUACUCAACCCGAGAAAAGCUACCUCGAGGACUCCAGAACAAAAUAAAGAAGAGUCUAAAGACCUGAACAUUGACCUACCGUACCGUACAGUACAGAGAGCACCAUGUUGUGUGUUGUUGCGUGUGUGUUCAUGUGUUCAUGGCCACUGUAAGUGGCUUCAGACUAACAUAAGAGUAUAAAAUCCUCGGCACUGACCGCAGUUGAAGUUCAGUAAUAAUAUAUUAUUACGGAGCAU